AUGGAUGAUAGUAGCCGAACGGAGCACUCGUCAGGCGAUACCUCAGGUGGGCAGCAGGAGGAAACUGAGGUGGACACAGAAUCUGGUCAGUGUAAGACUCCAGAAAGUCCCAUGGUCAGGCCAGAAACGCCAAAAACGCCGCAAAUGUCGACCCGCGAUCGUGUCAGCCGCCUACGCCAACAAUAUGGGGUAAUUGUUUGGCUUUGUUCGCUUGCUGUUGCAGAAUAG